CAAAUCCUACUGCAUGUAUGAAAUUUUUGGUUAUUUAAUUCUAAUAAAAUAUACAAGUUAAAGAUGACUCGAGCAAACAUAGAACUGGGGAAUGUAACUCCACACAACAUUCAACAACUGAAGAGGUUAAACAGUGUGGUGUUUCCUGUGUCUUACAACGACAAAUUCUACAAAGAUGUGCUAGAAGCAGGGGAAUUAGCAAAACUAGCUUAUUACAACGAUAUAGUCGUCGGAGCUGUCUGUUGUCGGAUUGAUACAUCGGAAAAGUCAAGAAGAUUGUAUAUUAUGACUUUGGGAUGCCUGUAUCCAUACCGUCGGCUUGGUAUUGGGACUUUGAUGGUCCAGCAUGUCCUAAACUACGUUGAGCAAGAUGGAAACUUUGACAGCAUAUUUUUGCAUGUACAGGUAAACAAUGAAGGAGCAAUAGACUUUUACAAAAAAUUUGGUUUUGAAAUUGUUGAAACCAAAGAACAUUACUACAAGAGAAUAGAACCUGCCGAUGCUCAUGUUUUACAGAAAACAUUACGUCAGGGGCAACAGAAUGGCACUGUUGAAUAAAGUAGAGUUAGUUUAUUUAAAAUUAUUGUAUUUAUCACCAUCAAAAGUUUUGUUACAGUAUUUUUAUUGAUUGUUUUUGUAUUAUACAACAGCAUAUUGUUUUUAUUUUGUUUCUGUACAUACUGAUAAUAAAGUCAGGUCCAC